CCGACUGUGUGACGUUUGUUUUGCAGAUGAAGAAGGAGCUGAGCGAAAACGACUCCAUCACUCAGGAGGUGGUCGGCAACGCUCACAUCGAAAACUACGCCUUAAAGCUGUUCCUGUACGCCGACAACGAGGACAGAGCAGAACGGUUCCACAAGAACAUGAUCAAGUCCUUCUACACCUCCAGCUUGUUGAUGGACGUUCUGUCUGUCUUUGGGGAGCUUUCAGACGAGAACAUCCAGCACCGGAAGUACGCCCGCUGGAAGGCCACCUACAUCCACAACUGUCUGAAGAACGGCGAGACGCCGCAGUCCGGCCCCAUCGGCAUGGAUGAGGAUGAGGAAGCAGAGUUUGGAGCGGAAGGUUUCUCAGGACAGAGUUUCUCACAUGGAGGCUCCUUCAGGGCAGAUCUUCCUUCACAAAACCAGAAUCAGGAUCAAGGUCCAGCUCCAGGAAUCGGCUUCGCACAGGAUCCGGGAUCAGGUCCAACGGGCCCCCCUGCAUCGAACUACAACAACAUCCAGAUCCCACCAGGGGCCCACGCACCAGCCAACACUCCGGCAGAUCUGCCGCCUCCUUCAGGAGAAGCUGGUAAAUCACUCCCUGCUGCCCGGUCGGUUCCUGCCGUUGACCCAUCGCUGCUCAACGCCCAGCUGCAGGGUGGCGUUCAGCUCUCCCCCGAAGACUUCACCAAGGCGCAGAAGUUCUGCAAGUACGCCGGCAGCGCUCUGCAGUAUGAGGACGUCAACACAGCCAUCCAGAACCUCCAGAAAGCCCUGAAACUCCUCACCACCGGCAAAGAAUGAACUCUUUGUCCCUCUGCAGUCUGACUCCUCCUUCCUCCUCUCCUUUUCUUCCAUCUCAACCCUCCACCACUUCUUCUCCCCUCUAUCUGUCUCCAAUCUGGCCCAAAGUGAGCCAAUGGCGACUCUCGAGCGUCAGACGAGGACACGAUGGAAAU